CCGCCACGAGACAUAGUGGGGAGUAGACGUGUUAUUUUGUGUCCUCCUCGUCACCACCCACGCCCAUACAACAGUCAGGAUGGGCGUACAACAACAACCACCGCUCGUCAGCAAGACCAGGGCGCCUAAACCUGUCAGCGAGGCACGACGGAUCAGGAAGCCGUUGAUGGAGAGGAAGAGACGGGAGAGAAUCAACACGAGCCUCAACGACCUGGCCAGACUGCUGACGGAGGCCCACCUGGUGAACGCGGAGGCCCCUGGUAAACAGACCAAGCUGGAGAAGGCCGACAUCCUCGAGCUCACCGUCAAGCACCUGAAGGACCUCAAGACCCAGCAGGUCCCUGACGGCGGCGACGAUAAACAACCUGAGGAGACGGCGAAGGGCCCGCCAGCAGCUACAAGGAGGGCUUCACCAGGUACGCUACAGCCGCCCACACCACGCCCAGACGCCGCCCGCCAGCCGAGCGAGCAAAUGGCAGCAAGGCUCUCAGGGGGCUCGGGGGCUCCUGUCACCUCCACCAUCAAGUGUGAGGCGAGCGUCGGCAUCAAGCAGGAGAGUGCCAAGGGUAGGGGUGCCAGUACCGCCUGA